AUGUCGUCUCCUGUGAAGGCACGAGCUGCCAACUCAGCUGCAGUCGCAGUUGAGAACGAGAUUGAUGUAUACUCUGCAUCGCACAUAUACUAUGGUCCAGAUGCCCACCACAAGCAGCAUAACCACUUCCGCACACGCACCUACUCUACAAACCAGAGCCCUACAAAGGCAAUUGACCGAGCUAGUCUGAAGCUACCCAUCCGACGAGGAAGCCACGAUGAGACUACUCUGCUACCUAAUAGAUUCCACCUCCACGUUGAGCGAACCAUAAGGAACCUCGAAGAGCAAGAGGCCACCAAUGGCAAUUUCCAGAUCACAAUCGAAGACAAUGGACCAAAGGUUAUUUCUCUGGGAACAGCAGCUUCGAAUGGAUACAAGAUGAGAGAAGUCAGGGGAAACUAUGUUCUAUCGAACCUCCUCCAAGAGCUAUACCUUGCCAAGGAGAAUGGCCAGACUUACAUCUUCCUUGACGAGUCUCGAAUCAAUGAAAACCCGGUCAAUCGACUCUCCCGAUUAAUCACCAACGAAUUCUGGGACAACUUGACUCGGGUCAUUGACGGAUCUGUCAUUGAGAAGGCUGGGAGAGAUCCUAAGGACUGGACAGAUGACCCACGACCAAGAAUCUAUGUACCACACGGAGCACCCGAGCAAUAUGAAUACUACUGCCAGGUCGCAAAAGAAAGGCCCGAAAUUCGCCUGGAUGUCUGCUCGCUGCCAGAAAAGAUCACUCCACAGUAUGUGCGAGACCUCAAUGACAAGCCCGGACUUCUAGCAGUUGCUAUGGAGCCGAAGUUUGACGAGAAGUCUGGCAAGACUGUCCUAAAGGGUGUCCCAUUCGUUGUUCCUGGUGGCCGAUUCAAUGAGCUCUAUGGCUGGGAUUCCUACAUGGAGUCUUUGGGUCUCAUUGCGAGUGAGAAGGUCCAUCUUGCCAAGAGCAUGGUGACCAAUUUUGUCUUCUGCAUCAAGCAUUACGGAAAGAUUCUGAAUGCCACACGGUCCUACUAUUUGAGCCGAUCUCAACCUCCUUUCCUUACUGAUAUGGCACUCCGUGUUUUCGAUAAGAUCAAACAUGAAGAUGGUGCUGAAGAAUUUCUCAAGCUCGCUAUUCUUGCCGCGAUUAAGGAAUACGAGUCGGUCUGGGUCGCAGCUCCACGCCUUGACAAGCGAACUGGCCUGUCUCGUUAUCGACCAGAAGGAAUGGGUGUUCCGCCAGAGACGGAAGCAUCUCACUUUACCCAUAUCCUCGAGCCUUAUGCAAAGAAGCAUAACUUGUCCAUGGAGGAGUUCGUAAAGGGAUACAAUAGCGGUUCCAUAAAGGAACCUGAAUUGGAUCGUUACUUCAUGCACGAUCGUGCUGUUCGAGAGUCCGGUCAUGAUACAUCAUACCGCUUGGAGAAUUGCUGUGCUAACCUGGCUACGAUUGACCUCAACUGCCUCCUCUUGAAGUACGAAAAGGACAUUUCGCUGUUUAUUCGUCUCUAUUGCAACGAUGCUCUGGUGAUCCCUGCAGAGUUCGCACACGGAAGUAUCAAGGCAGGAGAUGUCAUGACCUCUUCAUUCUGGGAGAGACGUGCUAGAAUGCGCAAGGUUGCUAUCGAUAAAUACCUCUGGAACGAGGAGAAGGGGAUGUUCUUCGAUUAUGAUACCGUUAAGAAGGAACAAUGUACCUACGAGAGUGCUACUAUGCUAUGGGCUCUUUGGUCUGGAGUUGCUUCUCCCGCUCAGGCCGCUCGACUUGUUAAUGGUGCUCUUCCACUCCUUGAGGAGGCCGGUGGUUUAGCCUCAGGUACGGAGAGAUCACGCGGAGUCAUCGGUCUGGACCGUCCCAACAGACAAUGGGAUUAUCCCUAUGGUUGGGCACCUCAGCAGAUGCUUGCAUGGGGCGGUCUCAUCCGGUACGGAUACGAGGAGGACGCUCAGCGCCUGGCAUACAAGUGGCUGCUCAUGAUGACAAAGGCUUUUGUCGACUACAAUGGUGUUGUUGUUGAAAAGUAUGAUGUUACCAGAGUUACCGACCCGCAUCGAGUUGAUGCCGAGUAUGGUAAUCAGGGAUUGGAUUUCAAGGGUGUAGCCAAGGAGGGCUUUGGAUGGGUCAAUGCCUCGUACGUGUAUGGUCUGCAACUUAUUUCAGCUCAUGCUCGUCGUGCACUGGGAACUCUUACGCCCUUCGAGACCUACCUUCGCGCUACAGCACAGAUCGCCGAAUCCGUCGAAACCUCGUCCGACCAUGAGGACAACUCAGAGGUCUUCGAAUGA